AUGUCACAGCAAUUCACAGAGGUUGACAAGCUAGCCAUCUCGACAAUCAGACUUUUGUCGGUUGACCAAGUUGCCGCUGCCAACAGUGGUCACCCUGGUGCACCACUGGGGUUGGCGCCAGCGGCGCACAUCAUCUGGAAGCAGAUGAAGCUGAACCCAUCGCACCCCGAGUGGGUCAACCGCGACCGUUUUGUUCUGUCCAACGGUCACGCAUGUGCGCUACUGUACUCCAUGUUGCAUCUGUCGGGCUACGACUUGUCGAUUGAGGACCUCAAGAGCUUCCGCCAGCUGGGCUCCAAGUGCCCGGGCCACCCUGAGUACGAGCUACCGGGUGUGGAGGUGACCACGGGUCCUCUGGGCCAAGGUAUCUCCAACGCGGUUGGUCUGGCCAUUGCGCAGGCCAACUUUGCCGCCACCUACAACAAGCCCGACUACACCCUGAGCGACUCGUACACCUUUGCCUUCCUAGGUGACGGCUGUCUGCAAGAAGGUGUGUCUUCCGAGGCCUCUUCUCUGGCCGGCCACUUGAAGCUCGGAAACUUGAUCGCCCUGUACGACGACAACCAAAUCACCAUCGACGGUGACACCAACGUCUCCUUCACCGAGGAUGUGGAGAAGCGCUACGAGGCAUACGGCUGGGAAGUCCUGCACGUCGCCAACGGUAACGAGGACCUCGCUGCCAUCGCCCAGGCCAUUUCCCAAGCCAAGCAAUCCAAGGACAAGCCUACCUUGAUCAAGAUGACCACCACCAUCGGUUUCGGCUCCUUGCAGGCAGGUACCCACUCCGUUCACGGUGCCGCCUUGAAGCCCGAUGACGUUAAGCAACUAAAGACCAAGUUUGGUUUCAACCCUGACCAGUCUUUUGUUGUUCCUCAGGAGGUUUACGACCUUUACAACACCCAAAUCAUUCAACCAGGUGUCCAACAAUUCAACGAAUGGAACCAAGUUUUGGAGAAGUACUCCGAGAAGUACCCAGACUUGGGAGCCGAGAUCAAGAGAAGAGUCGCUGGCGAGCUGCCUCAAGAUUGGGCCAAGGCUUUGCCUCGCUACACUCCUCAAGACUCCGCCGUGGCUACUAGAAAGCUGUCGGAAAUUGUCUUGCAGAACAUCCAGUCUCUCUUGCCUGAAAUGAUUGGUGGGUCCGCAGACUUGACCUCUUCCAACUUGACCAGAUGGAAGGAGGCCGUUGACUUCCAACCUCCUUCGUCCGGUCUAGGUGACUACGCCGGUAGAUACAUCAGAUACGGUGUUAGAGAGCACGGUAUGGCUGCUAUCAUGAACGGUAUCUCCGCUUUCGGUGCCAACUACAAGGCUUACGGUGGUACUUUCCUAAACUUUGUUUCUUACGCAUCCGGUGCCGUUAGAUUGGCCGCUCUGUCUGGCCACCCAGUCAUCUACGUGGCUACUCACGACUCUAUCGGUUUGGGUGAAGAUGGUCCAACCCAUCAACCUAUCGAGACUCUAGCCCAUUUCAGAGCUCUACCAAACAUGCAAGUCUGGAGGCCUGCUGAUGGUAACGAAGUCUCGGCUGCUUACCAUGUGGCUCUAACCAACAAGCACACACCAGCUAUUAUCGCGUUGUCCAGACAGAACUUGCCUCAAUUGGAAGGCUCUUCUGUGGAAAACGCCGUCAAGGGUGGUUAUGUUUUGCAAGAAGUGGAGAACGCUGAUAUCACUUUGGUGUCCACUGGUUCUGAACUUUCUAUCACUGUUGACGCUGCCAAGAAGUUGGCCGAAAGCAACAUCAAGGCUCGUAUCGUUUCUCUACCAGACUUCCACACCUUUGACCAACAGUCUGAAGAAUACCAAUUGGCCGUUUUCCCUGAUGGCGUCCCAGUUAUGUCCAUUGAAGUCUUGGCCACUUCAGGUUGGGCCAAGUAUGCUCAUGAAUCCUUCGGUCUAGACAGAUUUGGUGCUUCUGGUAAAGCCCCAGAGGUUUACAAGUCUUUGGAGUUCACCCCAGAGGGUAUCGCCACCAGGGCCGAGAAGACCAUUGCUUUCUACAAGGACAAGCAGGUCAUUUCUCCUCUACACAAACCAUUUUAA